CUGCUGUUGCUGCAGAGUUAAUUCCGUUCGUUAUGGGUCAGAAAAGAUAUCGUGCUCCCAAGGGGGCCCAUGGCCUCCAUGCAAAGAAGAGAAAGAUGGAGGACGACGACAUGAAGAUGCCGGAUACCGAUUGGGACGGCGUUGUCGCCGUGAACGAUCUCAACUGGCGCGAGGUUGACUUGCCGGAUCGCAUGGAGGAUGCCGGUGGUUUCUUUGGACUGGAGGAAAUCGACGGUGUUGAUGUUAUCAAGUCCGGUGGAGGGAGAGAGCUUCGCUUCAAGGCGGCCGCUGGCAAACCCAAGAAAUCGAUCCUGAAGAAGAAGGCACCCGAGGAAGAAGAGUCCAAGUUCGAGGAUGACGAAUGGUCCGGUUUCAGCGACAACGAGACGGCCGAGACAAAGGAGUCGGCUACGACGGAAGAGCAGAAGACCGAAGAGGACUCAGACAAGAAAAAGGCGAAGGACAAGAAGAAAGCGAAGAAGGAGCAGAAGGCAAAGAAAGAGACAAAGGAAGAACAAGAUCCGAAGGAGAAGAAGGAUGCGAAGGAGCAGAAGAAGCCGAAAAAGGACGUGAAACAGAAGAACUCGCCCAAGGAGCAGGACCAGAACAUUAAGUCCGGACUCUCGUUCGCAGCCCUGGAGGACGAAGCCGACGACGACGGCGCGGAUAUCUCAGCUUGGGAGUCGCUUGGCCUUUCCGCGGAAGUCCUGACCAGUCUUUCGAAGAUGAAUUUCGCUACGCCGACGCUUGUUCAAAAGUCCUGUAUACCCGAGAUUCUGGAUGGCCACGAUGUGGUCGGCAAGGCCGCGACCGGUUCUGGAAAAACACUGGCCUUCGGUAUCCCUAUUCUCGAACAUUACCUUGAGAAGAGACGAGUGGACCUGCGCAAUGGCAAGGAACAGAACAAGAAGGAUUCGUGCCCGAUUGCACUUAUCCUCUCCCCUACUCGAGAGCUGGCGCACCAGCUGGCUAAGCAUAUUGGAGAGCUUAUUCAACACGCCCCGGGCGCCAGUGCUCGCAUUGCACUUCUGACCGGUGGUUUGUCCGUUCAGAAGCAGCAGAGAGUGCUGACUGGGGCCGAUAUCGUCAUCGGUACCCCUGGUCGAGUAUGGGAAGUUCUUAGCUCUGGCCAGGGACUGAUUCACAAGAUGCAGGCAAUGAAGUUCCUUGUGGUCGACGAAGCGGACAGACUUUUGAGUGAAGGCCACUUCAAGGAGGCUGAAGAGAUCAUCGGUGCCCUUGAUCGCGUGGUGCAAGGAAACUUUGAGAACGAAGAGACCGACGAAGAAAAGGCCGAUCCACGGUCCGAGAGACAGACUUUGGUUUUCUCUGCUACCUUCCACCGUGACCUGCAGCAGAAAUUGGCCGGUAAGGCACGAUGGACGACUGGCGAUAUGAUGGACAACAAGGAGUCCAUGGAAUAUCUUCUCCAGAAGCUGAACUUCCGCGAAGAGAAGCCGAAGUUCAUUGACACGAACCCCGUUUCACAGAUGGCGGAAAGGCUCAAGGAAGGAAUUGUCGAGUGUGGAGCCAUGGAGAAGGAUCUCUAUCUCUAUACCCUUCUGCUAUAUCACCCCAAACACCGGACCCUGGUUUUCACCAACUCGAUUUCCGCUGUUCGCCGUCUCACACAAUUCCUCCAGAACCUACAACUCCCCGCCCUGGCCCUUCACUCAUCCAUGGCACAGAAGGCCCGUCUGCGCUCAGUGGAGCGAUUUUCUUCUCCCACCGCCGAUCCGAGCAGUAUUCUUGUUGCGACGGACGUCGCAGCCCGUGGUCUCGAUAUCAAGGGCAUCGACUUCGUCAUCCACUACCACGUCCCCCGCGCGGCCGACACGUAUGUCCAUCGUUCGGGACGUACCGCCCGUGCGGGUGCUUCGGGAAAGAGUGUGAUUAUUUGCGCUCCCGAGGAAAUGGUUGGCGUGGUCCGCCUGGCUGCCAAGGUGCACGUCAAGAUGGCCAAUGGCAAGAAGCUGCCUCUUGAGUCGCUGGAACUCGACCGUCGCGUCGUCUCCCGGGUCCGUCAACGUGUGGAUCUGGCAGCCAAGAUCGCCGACUCCAACAUCGCCAAGGAGAAGAUCACUGCGGAAGACAACUGGCUACGCACAGCGGCGGAAGAUCUCGGCGUUGAGUAUGACAGCGAUGAGUUCGACAGUGCACAGGGUCGUGGACGUGGACGUGGUCGCGGUCGUCAGGAGCAGCAACGCAAGGCUGGAGAGGUCUCGAAGAAUGAGAUCAAUGGGCUGCGCGCUGAACUCAAGCAUCUGCUGUCGCAGCGCGUGAACGUGGGCGUGAGUGAACGCUACCUUACGUCGGGACGGGUGGACAUCGAAGCUUUGCUGCGCGGAGAGGGCAACAACUCGUUCCUGGGCCAAGUGGAUGCCUUGGACUUCUAAGGCAUGUAUAUACUCUCUCUAUGUUGCAUAUACCAUGAUACCUACGCUGUAGACCAGACGCAAACCCAG